AUGGAGGAAUUUGAAGAAAAUCUAAAAUUGAAUUAUCCACUUUGCUAUCGAGAUCGAGACUUUGAACAUUUAGAACCGAAGUUCACAAGGGGCGAACUCGAAUUGGAGAAAUUUACUGAUAUACGCGUAUACCAACCGGACGCAAAAGCAAAUAAUAAUGCAUGGAGUUCAAUUUCCGACACCAAUACAUUUGAUGAUCCAGAAACCACAAAGAUUCUUAUUCCAAUUUUUAAAGUAAAGUGUGCAAAUCCUCCUGAUGAAUCAACUAAGGAUAAUAAAGAAUUAUUCAUUGCAAUGAAAGUAUGGGUCGGAGGAUUUUUAACUAUUGAAAAAUACCCUGAAGAUCUAGAAUUUGAUAAAUUGAAAGCAUGCAUAAAUUUUGCUAUAGAUGCAGUUCAAAAGGGACAAGAUAUCUUAUUUGAAAACUCUAAAAUUAUUCCUAUUAUUAAAGAUUCAGAAGGUAAAACCAUUGGUGAUAUGAAAAAGUUGUAUGCUUAUAUAGAAACACUGUAUAACUAUGAUCGUGUUUUCAUAAUUGCAUAUGAAGAAGUGAAACGUGUAUCUGAUAAAGAAAAAAUAGAUAAGCUUUUAGUACCAAAAAUUUCAAACCAUAAAGAAAUCAAAAUUAAUGAAUGGUUACAAAACAAUCUAUUUAUAAAGGUUUCAAACUGGAUUGAAAAAUAUCAACUAAAUCAUGGCUUGGUGAUCUCUUCUGGCAAAAUAAGUAUCAGUCAUAAGCCUUCGAUAAAAAUUUCUACUAUACCAUCGAUUAAAGUGAUUCAAAAAACUAAAAAGGAAAAAUAUAACUUUAGUAAUGCUGAUAAGCAAUCACCAAAUUCGAUUUGUUAUCAAUAUAAAAUCAUUAACGAACAAAUUGAAAUUACCUUAUCAGAUGAAUUUAGACCAACAGAAAGCCUUAAGCAGGCAGUUAAACAUGCAAUAAAUUGUGAGUCAUCAAAUGUAGCUGCCAAAAAGUUGGCUAACGUCUUUACAAAAUAUGGACAUAUAUUCUGCAAAAAGAUUACUAUGGGUAAAAUAAUAGAUGUAUUGUCUGAUAAAAACGUCCCGAAAAGAUCAAUGAUGCCAGUAGAAGAGAAUGGAAUAGAUGCCUGGUCCAAAUAUCUUUUUAAAAAUCCUGAUUUGUGGUGUGUAGUGGAUCGACACGAAAUGGUUCCUGUUUUUAAGAUUUUUGAAGAAGAGCAAGAAAAAAUUAGAUCAAUGAUGAAAAUAGAUGAAAUUUCCAUUUUUAAGCCUCUCAGAAAAGAAACGCAGGAAGUUUUAAGAACUGGAAUUAUUUGCCUUGAUAAUAAUGAUGGAAAAUCUUAUCCAGUAAAAUUUAAUCAUUGCUUAAAAGGUGAAGAAGUUGAAGGUUAUAAAGUCGUUGGAACCGUUAUUAAUGAUGAUGGAUCAAGAAGAUCAGAUUUAAUAUUGCAAUUUAAAAAUUUAAACACAUUCUUUAAUCCUAAUAUUUUAUUAUGUAUUUUUAUUAAUAAUAGUGAUUCAGAAAAAUAUAUUGAUUUUGAUGAAGUAUAUAUUGUUUGGAUAUUAAUUGGAAAUUCCGAUAAUGAAAAUAAAAAUGUUCCCGUACUAAGUGGAGAAGUUUCAAUGAAUCCUGAACAGAAAAACUUUUCGAUUACUGUUAAAGAUAAAUUAUCACCUAACCACGUUCUUAUUACUAGCUGUGAUUAUAACGAUAUUAAACUAAAAGAUUGGUCCGACAGAAAGAUCGAUAUGGAAAUUAUUCCAAAAGAACAAAUGACUCAUACUAAUUCAUCAGUACAAUGGUUUGUUAUUUAUUCGGAAUUGGAUAUUUUUGAAACAGUUUAUAACAACGAAAAAAUUAAUCUAGAAUGGGAUUUAUUUGGUUAUAAACUUGGAUCAGUAGAUACGAAAAAUAGUUUCAUGAAACCAAAUUUUGUCGGAUAUAUAAAAUCAGAUCUGAAAUUUAUUGAAGCUGAAAUUCGUUCUGAACGUGAAUACGAAUCCGGGGUAAAUGACAAGCAGAAACCGCAAAAUUGGCUUCAAUUAAAGUCCAGAGUGCGUAAAAAUGAUUUUAAAAGUGAUGAAUUUAUGAACUUGUUGGAUGACUAUAAAACUUAG